UGGUCGCUUGGUUGCGGGCAAACGGUCGUUUACCACCAUCUAGCGGUUUAUUUAAAGUCUUUUUUUUUGCAAUACAAUCUAAUUUUAAUAUGCCAAAGACACUUUUUCAUACCUUGUUUUUGUUCAGAAACUUUGUUAACAAGAAAUUGUUGAAUCUCCCGGGCAGAGAUUGGCUUUAUCGUCCCACAAAGUGACACCUGACCUUCCAUUCAGUCACUUUGCCGAGGCGCCGAGCCGGAAACGGAUCUUCAACAUGGAGAGCAGCAGAAAGAAGUUGACAUUCAAGUGGUUAAAAACUGUAGUCACCUCACCCACACAUCUUCAGAGGAGGGAUGCUGGAUCAGACACACCCUCACGCUGGAAUAUGUCACCAAAUGAAUAUUCAGACACUCUGCCCCUCAGUGACUCUCCAGGACCUGAGGGCCUGGGAGCUCUAUGUCUGGACACUCCGAAGAGGAAAGCAGAGGUUCUUGGUGAAAGCACACCCUCCAUAGGCAAAGUUAAGCUAAGGAAGCUUUCCAAGAAACAUUUUGAGACAUUCAUAACUUCAAAGGAAAAACCUAUGGACAACUCACCCAAGCAGCUGGAAUCCACAGAGAGCCAGCAAGUAUCACCACCUCUGUCUCAUUCUUUCAUCUUGAAAAAGAAAGAUAGGACGCCAGAGGAGGGAUCAAAGGCUAUCUACAGGAAAGCAGUGAUGGCUGCCCUUGGCAGCAUAAAUGCAGGAUGCAGCACUUCUAACAUCCCCAGGACUGACACUAACAGCCCAUCUUUGCAACCUGUAUCGUCACCUGUGAUGACUGAAGUGCACAGUCCAACAUCACUUGACAGAACUGUCAUAAAUAUUAACCCCUCCUCGGUCAAACCUGAGUAUAAAUCCAGAGACAACAGGACUGUCCAGGAAGAUGAAUGGUCCCACCCACAGGUGUUUGAGGACACACAAGCCCGGGAUGACAGCUCUGUGCCAAAAACAGACAGAAGGUGUGUUGUGCUAAAAGGAGAGGAUUCUCCCAAGGGUUUCUUGGCACAUGACUCUGUGGUUGUAGAGACAACCUCUCAAGAUGAGUUAUUUGAUACAAAAUAUGAGGCAGAAGCUGAAGACUGUAACUCAUCCUUCCCUGCUCUGGAGUAUAUCCCAGAAUCUUGGUCUUGCUUCACGACUCCUCAGAAAGGCUCUUCUGUCAGCCAAAAACACCAAAGUCCUUUGGUGAAUUACCAGGGAGGUUCAACUUCCUCUCUCUCUUUUUUGUCCACUAAUGAAAGCACUGCACCCUUCCAUGCAGCUGCUGAGUACACGAAGAUGCCGUUCAUGCCGUCACAGAGGACAGUUAUUGUCUCAUCUAAGGAGCCCCAAACACCAAACACUGGCCCUUCAAAGGCAUCCAGAGUUAAGACUGAGAAUUUUCGCUCCUCCAGCUCUAUGGUCAAUUUAUCGGAUCCUUUUGCCCUCCCGCUGUACUCAAAUAGAGAAGUAUCGAACCCUUACUUGAACUCAACAAACACACGCAGGUGGUCAGAUGCUGGCUCCAACAUCCAUUACCCCCCCUACGCUUUUACUCAUGGUGGCACUCCUAAGAGAAGAUUGUCCCUGGGGGCAAAACCUGUGUGGACCAGUUACCCCUACAAUCAGGUCAAUCAGGUUGGUUUCAUAGACACACACUGCCAUAUAGACAUGCUCUAUGGAAAACUUGGCUUCCGCGGGACAUUCAGCAGUUUUCGAAGGCGGUACCAGAGCAGCUUUCCGUCAGAGUUUCGAGGCUGUAUUGCAGACUUCUGCAACCCAGGCAUCAUGGUGAAGGAGGCCCUGUGGGAAGGUUUGCUUACUGAAGACAUGGUAUGGGGGGCAUUUGGGUGCCACCCCCACUUUGCCAAAGAUUACUCAAGUGUCCAUGAACGCAACAUACUGAUGGCCAUGCGACAUCCAAAAGCUGUGGCAUUUGGUGAGAUGGGGCUGGACUACUCACACAAAAACUCAACUGACACCUCCAGGCAAAAAGAGGUGUUUGAGCGUCAGCUGCGUUUGGCAGUGGCCAUGCAGAAGCCUCUGGUGAUCCAUUGUAGGGACGCAGAUGAUGACCUACUGCCGAUCAUGAAGAAGUGUAUUCCUAGGGAUUACAAAAUUCACAGGCACUGUUUCACAAACAGUUAUCCAGUGAUUGAGCCGUUCCUGACAGAGUUCCCCAACUUGUAUGUGGGCUUCACUGCCUUAAUCACCUACUCCAGAGCCACCGAAGCCCGAGAUGCUGUUCGCCAGAUUCCUCUUAACCGCAUUGUGUUGGAGACAGAUGCACCUUAUUUCCUGCCAACACAGGUGAGUAAAGAUGUCUGCCGGUUUUCACAUCCGGGAAUGGGCAUCCAUACUCUGCAGGAGCUGAGCCUGCUGAAGGGAGAAGACAUGGCCACAGUCCUCGCCACCGUCCGAAACAACACCACUCAGCUCUACGGAAUAUGAUCUUUAGAGAGGUAAUGGAUUACAAACUAGCCAGAGAGAAGAGAAAGAAUCAGUGUUCUUCAGGUGGUUUGACACAUAAACAUUUUAUGCAGCUUUUUGUUUUAGGUUUAUCAAUCCUCCGCAUAGAGAUGUUGGAGUAUGGAGGAGCAGUCUCAUUUUAAACAUCCUGAAAUAUUCACAUAUUGGGCUUUCACUGAAUUAAGAAAAAAACGGACUGAAAUGAAAACGUCUCUUGUCUGACAGAGAUACAGUAAAUUAUUGUUUGUGUGUUCAUAUUUUAUGGCGUUUUUCAUCAUAGAAAUUAAUUCUUAAGAAGUUCUACUUUUAAGUUUUUGUUCUUGCUGUGUUUCCUUAGCUUGUUCUAAUUUGUCUGGUUGUUUGCCUUGUUUGGCCACUGUGUAGUCGUGUGAUAGCGCAGACAUAUUAAAAGCCCUUAACCCGG